AUGGAAACUGAAAGUGGAAACCAAGAAAAAGCAAUGGAAGAGGAAAGCACUGAAAAGAAAAACGAAGUAGAAAAAAAGAAACGGUCUAGAGUUAAACAGGUGCUUGCUGAUAUUGCUAAACAAGUGGACUUCUGGUUUGGUGAUGCAAAUCUUCACAAGGAUAGAUUUCUUCGAGAGCAGAUAGAAAAAUCUAGAGAUGGAUAUGUUGAUAUAUCACUUCUAGUGUCUUUUAACAAAAUGAAAAAAUUGACUACUGAUGGGAAGUUAAUAGCCAGAGCAUUGAAAAGUUCAACUGUUGUAGAGCUGGAUUUAGAAGGCACCAGAAUCAGGAGGAAAAAGCCUCUGGGUGAAAGACCAAAGGAUGAGGAUGAGCGGACAGUAUAUGUGGAGUUACUUCCCAAAAAUGUUAAUCACAGCUGGAUUGAAAGAGUGUUUGGGAAAUGUGGCAAUGUUGUUUAUAUAAGUAUACCGCAUUAUAAGUCUACUGGAGAUCCAAAGGGAUUUGCCUUUGUGGAAUUUGAAACAAAAGAACAAGCAGCAAAAGCUAUUGAGUUUCUUAAUAACCCACCAGAAGAAGCACCAAGAAAACCUGGCGUAUUUCCUAAAACAGUGAAAAAUAAGCCCAUUCCGGCCUUAAGAGUAGCUGAAGAAAAGAAAAAGAAAAAGAAGAAGAAAGGUCGAAUGAAGAAGGAAGACAGUGUUCAGGCCAAAGAAUUAAACACAGACACAAACAGCGAGAGCGUAUGUAAAAUGAAGAGAUCAAGAACUACAUCUGACGGCUCUGAAGGAGAAACUACUGAACCCCAAAAGCAACCCUCAAAGAAAAAGAAAAAACGGGAAAGAGUUGAAGUAUCCAUCUUACCUGAAGUCAGAACAGGGAAGAGGAAGAGAAGUAGCUCUGAAGAUGCAGAAUGCUUAGCUCCCAGAUCAAAAGUAAAAAAAAUGGCUCAGAAAGACAGCAUUAAAAAAGAAACAUCAGAAGUUUCUAAAGAAAACAGAGAUUUAGAAGUCUCUACAGAAGAGGAAAAGGAUACUGGAGAUAUAAAAGAUGGUUCACUCUUAAAAGCCAAAAGGAAACAUAAGAAAAAACAUAAAGAGAGACAUAAAAUGGGAGAAGAGGUUAUACCACUAAGAGUACUAUCAAAGAGCGAAUGGAUGGAUUUGAAAAAAGAGUACUUAGCACUGCAAAAAGCCAGUAUGGCUUCUUUAAAAAAAACAAUAUCCCAAAUAAAGUCAGAGUCAGAAAUGGAAACAGACAGUGGAAUGAAAAAUGAAAAAGCAGCCAACAGUGAAGAGUGUCGCCCUGAGGAGAAAGUUAAUUCGACAGGACCACAGUUUGUGAGUGGGGUGAUAGUGAAGAUCAUUAGCACAGAACCUCUACCUGGCAGGAAACAAAUCAGGGAUACUUUGGCAGCGAUCUCAGAAGUUCUUUAUGUUGAUUUACUAGAAGGAGAUACAGAAUGCCAUGCUAGAUUUAAAACUCCUGAGUAUGCUCAAGCAGUAAUAAAUGCAUAUACAGAAAUUAAAAAGAAACAUUGCUGGAAACUCGAGGUCCUUUCUGGUGAUCAUGAACAGAGGUACUGGCAGAAGAUUUUGGUUGAUAGACAGGCCAAACUUAAUCAGCCUCGGGAAAAGAAAAGAGGCACUGAGAAGUUAAUCACAAAAGCUGAAAAGAUUAGACUGGCAAAGACUCAACAAGCAAGUAAACACAUUAGAUUUUCUGAAUAUGAUUGAAAAAAAUUACAGUUCACUUCUUAUUUCACUAGAUACUUGAGCUAUCUUAGGAAAUCCAUUUUUAUUAUGGUAGUACUGCAUAAUGAAUGUUUUUCUAAAGCCUAUGUUUAAUUAGAAGAAAUACUUUUGUUCCUCAACUUGUAAAUAAGACAUUUUUUAGAGAUAAGUACAAUGUAUAUCACAAUUUUUCGUUAAACAUUUUAUUUGUUAAAAUUACCUUAUAUAUUAACUUCGAGUGAUUUAGCAAAUAAAUGUGUUUUGAACAUUA